ACAUGGAAUGCUAGGAUUUGUUUUGUAAACAAUAAAAAUAAUCAUGUCGGCAGUUUGUGCUGCUGGGAAUUCUAUAAAAUUUAGUGUUUCCAAACAGUUUGUGAAAGAUAUAUUUUUAACACAUGUGCGUCAUGUUAGAAAAGAAAGGCAGUCAAGAUGGUUAGGUUAUUACUUCACGAAACUUUCAACCCCCGUGUAUCUUGCACGCAAAGAAAACUAUCGUAAGACGGUAUUAAAACCUCUUGAAGAAAUGUCAUCAUUAGAAGAAAGACUUAAAGAGCUUAAUGCGCCGGAUCCUGUUUUGGAUGAAAGAAUUGAUAUUGGUUAUGCAAAAUCGAAAAGCAAAAACGUCAGUCUGCAAGACAGAUUGGAAUGGAGAAAGCUUUGUAAAGCUAGCCAAAAGCUGUGUAUUGAUGAAGAUAAAAUACAGGAGAUUGAUAUAACAGCUGUGAAGAAAGACUGGUUGGCCACAGAUGGUCUUGAAGCACUUCAAAAUGUAGCUGAUCAUUAUGGAAUAUUUUCUGAUUUGUAUCAGCAUGGCUACUUCACGCCUCAAGUGCCUCUCACAAUUAGAUAUGACUAUGAUGAUGAAUAUGUCUCUCCAGUCCAUAGUGGCAACAUAUUAUAUGCAUCAGAGGUUACAAAGGCACCACAUGUUUCAUUUGACAGUAAACCUGAUGAUUUAUGGACAUUAGUUCUAACAAAUCUAGAUGGUCAUUUGCUGGAUACACACUCUGAAUAUCUACAUUGGUUUAUUGGAAAUAUUCAAGGCAAUAAUCUGAAAUCUGGUGAAAUUGUAUGUGAUUAUCUUCAACCUUUCCCGAUGAGAGGAACUGGAUAUCAUCGCUUAGUAUUUGUUUUAUACAAACAGAAAAAAAAGCUUGAUUUUUCAUCUAUAAAGAGACCAGCUCCUUGUUUGAGUCUGAAGGAAAGGACAUUUAAAACAUUUGAUUUUUAUAAAGAACACCAAGAUUCAUUAACACCUGCAGGCCUAUCAUUUUAUCAGUGUACUUGGGAUGAGAGUUUGACUGAUUUUUUCCAUAAUGUUCUGAAUAUGCAAGAACCUGUUUUUGAAUAUAUUGAGAAACCCUUAUACAUUAGACCUCAAGUUCAUUUUCCCCAUUUGGAGCCUUUUAAUAAAUACCUCGACAGGUACCGAGAUCCGAAAGAAAUAAAAAAGGAGGUUCUUUUGAAACGUCUGAAAAUGAUCGAACCGUUUAAAGAAGAACCUCCAAUGCCAAAAUACCCUUGCCUUCAUAAACCAGAUAAUUACAAGUUCUCCUGGCAGAGGCGGGACAUUUUGUUAGAGAGACUGAGAUUAGGAAAGUAUAGAGAUCUGAGACCUCAUUCAGCUUAUCCACAAGAAGAUAAUCAGUUUACAUAUUGGACUAAAGCUUAAAGACACUAUGUGUUAGUUUUAUGAUAAUGUUAAUAAAAGGCUUAUAAGAUCAA